UAUUGUCAAUGUUAAUGUUACGACACUUGUUUCCGUCCAUUUGAAAGUUGGUUUUAUUUCCAGGACAUACAAUAUGGAACCAGCUACCAUUGAUAGUAAGGAUUGGAGAGAUGACAAAUCAGUUCGUCAUUGUUUGUCAUAUAUGUUAAAGCAUGAACUAAUGUGUGACGUCAUAUUUCUUGUUGGAAGUGAGAAGAAAGCCAUACCAGCCCAUAAAAUCAUUUUAGCCAGCAGACGUCCUGUUUUCUAUACUAUGUUUGAAGGUUCACUACCAGAGAAAGGAGAAAUUGCUGUACCUGAUAUUGAUGAAAAUACUUUUCAAGUUCUACUUCAGUUCAUAUACUGUGACGAAGUAAAAGUUACAUUUGAAAAUAUGCAAGAUUUGUUGUAUGCUUCUGAUAAAUAUAUGCUGUUCAAAGUCAAAUCUGAAUGUGAACAAAGAUUAAAAGAAACAGUCACAGCAUCUGAUCCUUAUAAGACCCUUCAAACUGCAAUUGAAUUCAACCUGGAAGAACUAAAGUCGGAAAGCAUAAGCUAUAUCGAAAAAAAUGCUUGGAAAUGUUUAUUUUCGGAGCAAGCCUUGAAACUAUCCAAAGAAUGCGUAGAAGAAAUCUUAAAAUCAGAUUAUCUCAGCUGCACUGAAACGGAUGUUUGCCAGUUUAUUCUUGAAUGGGGAACGUACAAAUGCACCAGAGAUGAGAAAGAAGUUGUCGGAGAAAACAUACGAUCAGUUCUGAAAGAUCUGUUGUUUUUGGUUAGGUUCCCACUAGUUGAAAAGGAAUACUUUGUGAAGAACUUUAUGCCACUGAAAAUAUUAAAAGAAGAAGAAAUUAUAUGUAUGUUUACAGCACCCUUUACGUAUGAAAGCUCUUUGUUUAAUACAAUCCCCCGAACGCCAGUUUCUGAAAGGACAUUAUAUCGUCUUAAUCGGCACCGUGCUGUUGACAGUUCAAGGCGAAACACAGAUAAAAUUGAUGCACUAGGAAUUCGAGUAGACAAGCCUAUCUGGUUAAGAGGGGUUAUAAUUUAUGGUGGAUAUGGAACAACUCAACCUGAUUCAAUUCCUCCUUGUUACAUUUUUAAUAGAACUAGUACCUUAUCAUUACUAAAUAGUGCUGGCAAAAUAUGUUUUGAGAAUAAUGCUCCAAUACUUGCAAUGGAAUCCUGUCAAACACACGACAUUAACAUUACUAAUCCAAUUCAAUUGAAAGCAAACACAUCGUACACUCUAUUAGUAAAAAAUAUAAACCAUAUCUCUUAUUUUGGGAAGAAUUGUAAAACAACAUGCAUCAGUGAUGGUGUAACAGUCACAUUUAGGAACUCAUCCAUGUGUACAACAGGCACUAACACUAAUAGCGGACAAAUUGCUGGACUGUUAUUCAGCAUAUAACUACACAAUACUUAUUAUAACAAAGAUAUACGCUUUCAGAGUUCCCAAAGAAGGUAAAUCCCGAAAAGCUCGUCGGAAACAUGCAACUUAUAGUUUGUUGGUUUUUGUUUUAUUUGUUAUUUGCAAAUUUAAGAAAUAUAUUCUAAAUAUUUUGAAUAUCAACAAAAAUAAAUGUUAUUG